AUGUUGCCCUUCCUCGCUCCCUACCUGUCCAACCCACGCCAGUCGCUGUCUCAAGUCCUCAACUUUGCCCUCGUUCUGUCCACCGCGUUCAUGCUAUGGAAAUCCCUCUCGGUCAUCUCAGACUCUCCGUCACCCAUAGUCGUGGUUCUGAGUGGAUCCAUGGAGCCUGCCUUUCAACGAGGUGAUUUACUCUUCCUGUGGAACCGAGACAAGACUGCGGAGGUGGGAGAAAUUGUGGUCUACAACGUCAAGGGCAAGGACAUUCCCAUUGUACAUCGCGUCGUCCGAAGCCAUACACCUGCAGUCGCUGUCAAGGCGAACCAAAGCGGCCAUCUGUCUCAAACAUCCCCUAAGCUGCUUACAAAAGGCGACAACAACGUGGCCGACGAUACAGAAUUAUAUGCAAGGGGCCAGAGCUAUCUGGACAAUGAGGAAGACAUCAUUGGCAGUGUUCGCGGAUAUGUGCCGGGUGUGGGAUAUGUCACCAUUAUGCUCAGUGAACAUCCAUGGCUGAAAACUGUGAUGCUUGGGAUCAUGGGUCUGAUGGUCAUUCUGCAAAGAGAAUAG